AUGCAGGAAGCUCUUCAACAGUUCUUAUUCAUGUACAGGAUAACUCCAAACCGCAACACGCCGAACAGUACGUCACCAGCUGAAGCAAUGUAUAACAGAAAAAUCAGAACAUCGUUGGAUCUUCUAAUUCAACCAAAGUUGAACCAGCCAGUCAUCAAUGAAAAACAAAACCAGAGUUUCAAUCGAAAGUGGAUUCCAGGUGAAAUACUGGAGAGAGUUGGAGCAAUCAACUAUAAUGUUCGCGUCAACACAAGAGAUAGAUUAGUGCGGUCUCACACAAAUCAAAUUAGACCGAGAUCAUCCCCACAGACGUCAUCGACACCUACAGCGGAAAUACCUCUUUCAACGCUUUUGCAAGAUUUCAACAUGAAACCAGUUCCAGAACUCCAAAGUCCGGAGAUAGCAGCUAGCUUAAGUUCACAGCCUGUAGCAGUUGCCUCAGAGGAGUUUCAACAACAUGGCAGAAGACUUGAUUGGGAGCUUGGGGACAACAAUCCGAGUGGUUCGGAUCAGCGAGAAGCAAUCAUCACUCCGCCGUCUAUCCAGAGACGAUCGAAUAGAAAGCGUGGAGCAACAAAGAUAUAUUCUCUUCCCUCACCACCAGCUAAAAGGGGUGGUGUUACCACCCUAAAGGUACGACAUCCCUGA